ACCAGGGCUCAGCGCUCGAGGAAACGCGAGGCCCUGCACCAACAGGAGGCAGAGUCUGGCCCAAGGAUUCUAACCCGAGUCCACAGGCCCCCAAAAACCACCACUGGAGAGGUCUUCGAGUCCGCGGCCAGACUCCCCAGUCCCAGCGGCAGCACUGUCCUCGCCGGACCCCCCCGCAGGACGCUGGGCUGCCGCGGGCGCGGGGCCACAGCGGCUCCCGCGGAGAGGACGAGGCCGUCUCAGGACAGCGCUGGGGGAACGCGAGGAGGGACCCCGCCUCCUCCCAGCGCCCGGAGAGCCCGCUGCGCGCCACCCCGCUGCCGGCCAGCCCCGUCUCCCGGCACCGCCUCGGCCUCGGCGCCAGCCCGCGGCGGGGAGUCCUCGGGGCCCGGGGACGCCCGUCCAGCCCCGCCGGGAGCCAGGCCUGGGUGCAGGGCUCUCCGCAGCCGUCCCCUUAACCGGCGGCGGCAGGCAGCAUUCCGAGGACAGCCUCAGGGCCCGCCGCCGGCGGUCGGUCAGACGCCCCUCGAGGCACCGCCGACGGGUCCUGCCGACGCCAGGAGAGUGUCCAGUCGGCGGACCGCACGGCACAGAGCAUCCGGGCCGACGCGGCAAGGAAAGGGGACCUCCGUCCCACAGCCCCGAGGAACUGCUGCCACCUGCGCGAGCUGGGAAGCAGACUCUUCCCGAGGCCUCACGAGAACACUCGAUCUCGGCCUUGGGGGACCCGGAGCAGAGAACCCAGCCGAGCCUGCACGGCUGACCACGUGACUGUGCUGCCAGCUUGCCGAGCAAGAACAGAAAAUCCCGCCUCCCAACAACUCGGGGCCGCACAGACGAGGAGAAGGAGGCGGGGGGAACGGGCAGAGCCUAGGAUCAAGCCCACAGGCCUCUCACUACCCCUCACGGGGCGGGCGGGCACGCCUCCUCGGUCUCACCCCUGCUGGGGACGCAGGCAGCGGAGGGGCCCCCGCAGGAGCCGUCAGAACGUCGGGCCGGCUCUGCAGACUCGGCCCUGCGCCCCGGGCGGACGGGAAAGACCCAGAGCGGAGGAGGCACGCGGGUCCCGCUGCCUCCGGGAGGCGCUGCGGGCCGGCCGGGGCGAUCGGAGGGGACAGACCGGGAGCGCGGGCCGAUGGCGGCGGCGAGGCCGAGGGGAGACGCGCACCUCCGCCCCUCGGCCGGGCGGACGCCUCCCGGGCCUCUCAGCUGUCCAUGCCGCCCGCUGCCCACGCCAGCUCUGAGGAAGACUGAGUCCCCGCCAAGGGCUCCCGGGAGCACGGGCCGCACUCGGGGACGGUCGAGCGGCGCGAGCUCCUGUCCCGCGGGCCCAGAGCGGAGCGCCCGCGCUUACAGAAGCCGGGGAGCGGCCGGAGGCCAGCCCCGGGACCCCGAGGCGGCGGCGCCCGCCCCGUCCUGCGCGGAACCCCGCCCGCAAGGCUGCUCCCGCCCUGCCACCCCGCCCGCCGGCGCGAGCGGCCCCGCCUCGGCGGGCUCUCCUGAGAGCCGCAGCCCUGGCACCGCCGACAGCGCCAGGCCUCCCCCCCGGCCGCUGCGUCCUGUAAGGGAGCCUCGGGGUCCCCUCCUACAGACGGGGAAACUGAGGCUCGGAGAACUCGAGCCACACGGAAGGAGGGCUCGGGCGGGCCCCCACCGCCGGCUGACCCGAGGCUCCGCUCUCCCUCGGAGCUCCCGCCCUCCGGCCGCUCGCCGCGCGGUAACCGAGCCCCGCCGCGGGGCGCGGAGGCGGCAGGAGGGCGCGGCCGGCCUGGCUCCCCGCCGUUCCAGCCCGGGCGCGCGGGGGACCGAGACGGCGCCGGCGGAGGUUCCAGAGGCCGCCAGAACGCGGGGCGUUCCCGCCACUCACCUGUGGGGUCCGCAACGUCGCUCGCCUCAGGGACCGAGGCCGCCGUUCGGCUUCUGGGCGCCGAAACGUAGGCAUCAAGGCAUUUAUUGAGCGCCCAGUGGAUGCCAGGCACUGCGCUGCGUGCUGCUACCUAAGGGACAACGGCCGAGGCAGCCCAGCAGGGAAGCCGUGAUCGAAAAGGAGCGGGUCUCAGCGGUCGGCCACUUUUUC